AGAAAACACAGCCCAGUGUAAGUGAGGGUUUUCUGAGAGCGAACAGCUAUAUUGCACAGACAGUACAGCAUCAAGCGGUGUUGCAGGACGGACAGUCUGACAGCGACUUCAGGCUUGUUCUAAAAAAAGGCAAAAGAAGAAAGCCUUGAACUCUGACUGGAACAGGGAUUCUUCUUCUUGUCUGUCCAUAUGGAGAAGCAUAAAGGUAACGUGCUGAAUCAGCUGUUGGCAGAACUUGAUGAAUUCUUGAAGAUUCUUGAUCGAGAAAAUCUCAGCAGCAAUGCCAUAGUUCAAAAAUGCCUCCUCUCAGAGCUUCUGCAGUCGUAUAUGUCAUCAAAUGGUUGUGAUGAAGAAUACAUCUACAUGAACAAGGUGGUCAUCAGUGGUAUUAAUCAGGAGAAACACGUGUUUGAUGGAGAUGAUUCUGGUGAUGCUGUAAUGAAUGGAAGCAUGGGGAAAUACAUCCCUGCACCCCAGAAGAGUCUUCCAGAACUGCCUCAUCCAAAAUUAUGUAUAGACAGAGAUCCACUUCCACAGCCAAAGGUUGACUCUCCCGAGGGUUACUAUGAAGAAGCUCAGCCUUAUGACACAGCAACCAACGAUUUUGGUUGUUUUGGUAAACUUAUCAUCACAGGAGCCAGGACACAUAUAGAAGCUGCUGAGGGUGUAAUUUAUGCUACAAUCACAAGGGAGGACUGUGAUGCUGUCAGCAGCUCCUAUGAAUCAUAUGAUGAAGAAGAGGUGACCAAAGGCAAGUCGGCGACCCAUCAGUGGCCCUCUCCUGAGGCCUCCAUUGAGUUGAUGAAGGAUGCCCGUAUCUGUGCCUUCCUGUGGAGGAAGAAGUGGCUGGGCCAGUGGGCAAAACAGCUGUGCGUCAUCAAGGAGCAUCGGCUGAUGUGUUACAAGAGCUCAAAGGACCAGAAUCCUCAGUUAGAUGUGAACCUGGUGGGUUGCAGCGUCAUUUACAAAGAGAAGCAAGUGAAAAAGAAGGAGCAUAAGUUAAAGAUUAUCCCUAUGAGUGGAGAGGUGAUUGUGCUGGGCCUGCAGAGCAAAGAGCAGACGGAGCAGUGGCUUAAGGUAAUUCAGGAAAUCAGCGCAAAACAAGCAGAGUUUGAUGUUUCCCACAAUAUCUCUGAUUCCCCUCGACUCAUUUGCACUAAGGUUGAGCUCAAUGAAAGGCAUUCGAUUGCAUCGGAGAGUGGAAGCAGCACUGACAGCCAUGCUGAAACACCAGAAACUAAAGAUGUUAAGAAAAAGUCUGGGGCAGGCCUGAAGCUGAGUAACCUCAUGAACAUUGGAAAAAAGAAACCUCCUUUACUGGAUAGUCCAGAGAAAGCUGUUGACACCUCUGGAUAUCUCAAUGUGCUAGUGAACAGUCAGUGGCGGUCCCGCUGGUGCCAGAUUAAAAAUGGGCAGCUGUGGUUCUACCAGGACAAGAGUAAGAACAAGGUAGCACACCAGCCUGUGACCCUGGAAGGCUGCAUGGUUGUCCCUGACCCCUGCCCAGAGCACCUGUACUCCUUCAGGAUCCAGCAGGAAGGGGAGCAGUUAGCCACGCUAGAGGCAAAGUCUUCAGCAGAGAUGGGACACUGGCUUGGCCUGCUGUUGUCACAGUCUGGGUCCAAAACGGAUCCAGAGGAGCUCACUUAUGAUUAUGUCGACUCUGAGAGGAUAUCCUGCAUUGUUAAUGCAGCAAAGACUUCUAUGUAUCUCAUGCAGAGAAGAUACUCUGAACCCAAUGCUUACACAGACAAUCUACCUGCCAUUCCUAAUGAACCAGAUGACAUUUAUGAUGAUGUGGCUGUACCAGAACAGGAGGAGCCCAUCAGUGAAGUCACGAGUGCUGAGCAGGAUGCUGACAGAGUCUACCUGGACCUCAUACCUGUGAAGUCUUUCCUCCACACCGCCUGUGGCAGAGCCUCACCUCUGGGCUCUCCAGUAAUGGCCAGAGAGCCUAGUCUCCCAGAGAGGCCACCAGAGAAGCCCCAGGAACCCAAGAACACAGAGGAUGUAGACAGUAAGCCUGAAGAAAAGACAAGCAUGGAUUUGCAAGCUAGGAAUGAUCCUGAAACAUCGCAGAGCAGGAACACCAUUAAAACCAGUGCUGCUGUCCUGGGUGUGGAGAAUGAAAGGUCUUCUCCAAUAGCCACCAUAAAAAUACAAUCACAGCACCAGAAAAUCACCUUUCCAAGUAAUGAACCCCAGAGGACUCCUGUGCCUAGCCCUCAGCCUGUGAAAAUGACCAUGGAGACUUCAGAAAAACCCAGGCUCACAGUAGCAGGUUCCAUCGAGAACAAGCUGGGAAAAAACCGCACUGAAGCCGAGGUCCGCCGCUUCACAGAUGAGAGAGACAGGCUAGAGAGGGACAAAGAACAGAUCCGCAGAAAACUGGCACAGCUGCGCAUGCAAAAACGGGAGCUGAAGGACGCCAUGUCAGCCUCUGCAGAACCUGCAGACUUGGCGAUGCUGGAGAAGAGGCUUAAGGAGUUGGAGGAAGAGUGCAAGCAGGAAGAGAGGAGACGGGUUGACCUGGAGCUCAGUCUGGUGGAUGUGAAAGAGAACCUGAAGAAAGCAGAGUCAGGGCCAUUCAUUCUCGGCACCGCAGUGGACAGCGUCCUCUUAGACACGGCAAAACCCAUUGUAUGCACAUCAGCACCUGCAGCACCAUGCAAUGGAGAAACCUCACCGGUGAACUCCGCCACAGCUUUAAAGAACAGACCCUUAUCAAUCAUGGUGCCAAGCAAAGGGAACGUCUUACAGAAAGCAAAGGAAUGGGAAAAGAAAGCCACCAGCUAGAACCGAGUAUCUGCUUGGAAUGAACUUUGUUUUUGACUGGAAUAGUCACCUUGUAAUCAGCGCUCCCAGAGACUUCAGCUAAGGAAGCCAGCGCUUAAUUUGCCUUCAGCCCAAGCUUGUGUCUCCACAGACAAUUAUGGGAUCCAACGUCCACAUUGUAAAAAGAGGGAGACUGGAUCAUCUCUUUUGCCACUGAACAGUACUGCCAGCCACUCUUUAGCAUGAUGUCAGCGUUAAUCUAACACACUUGUUUUUGUGGACAAGAAUACUACUGUAUAUAUGUUUACUGCAGAGAUGAGAGAUUGUUUACUGCAGAGAUUUAAACCUGAAAAAAGGGAAUAAAAAAUAGUAAACUGUUACAAAAUGAAAUGUUUUAAUAAACACAAUGCACAUUACAGGUUACAAGAUGCCAGUUGCAUCUAGGAAAAGCGCAUUAAUUCCACAGUAUUCAAAUGGAGACCCAGUGGGCUUUAGUCUAUGUACAGUACAUAUUAAAUGACCAAAGGCUUGCUUGUACUUAAUUCUGCUGAGAAAGGCAGCCUUUUCCUUUAAAGGUGUCAAAGUACUCAACCUAUAUUAUUUACCCCAAACUAGGGAGAUGAUCAUUGUUUUUUUAUCUUUUUUUCUGCUAAUGGAAAUGCCUAAUAUGCAUUACAGUUUUCUUAAUGGCUCAAAAUAUCACCAUAGCAAAUCCUCUCCAAGACAGUCCAGGCUUUAUUCCUGGUAUUUGUAAAUAAGAAGAGUCCUUUGGUACAGUAUCUGUAAGCACAAGAUCAGUCAUUUAAAAUUAACAGUAAAAUGAGAUGUACAGUAAGCAGAGACGAAUGUGAGACAGACAGCAGAUAAAACGGGGGGUACUAGUUAUUACUUAUGGAAAUGAAGAACUAUGUUUAUUUUAACUGUGUUGUCAUUGAUAGUUUCUUUCCACGGGUCUUCCACAUACAAAAAAUGAUUUAUAGUUAUUUUUCAUUUGAAAAAAGGAAUGUAAAAAUAUUUUUAAGGAUGACUAAGUCAUGCCUUUUUGUCAGGUCAUAAAAGGUAAGAUUUUUUCCAGUAUUUUUGCACAUGCCCAAGUAGUGUAUACUCUUGGAGGGCAAGUAGUGUAUACUCUUGGAGGGCAAGCCAGCGAUGGAGGGCAAGCCAGCGAUGUCAGGGUACAUAUUCAGUGACUUGUGGGUGCAGUUUUCUUUGUGGGCAAACCAGAUGAACAUUUCCCCUCCUAAUCAAUUUGUUAUGGAGUAAAUGAUUUGCCUGCAGGGAAAUUAAUCACCAAAAUCUAAAACAUAUUUAUAAAAAUGUUGUCACAAGAGAGCAAAGGGACAUAAUUUGAGUAGAAGACAAUCUGCCCUCUUCUGCUGUAGUGAAGUGUCUUCUCCAUGUCAUUUUUUUGCCACUGAUAGUUAUGUUUUGGUUUUUCUCUAAACGGACCGCUAUUUGCUAGUAAAAAACAAUCCUACUGGAACUGUGAGUGACAUUGUAUAUUUCUAUGUUUGUCUGUAACAGGGUUAUAUAUACAUCUAAGCAUAUCUAUAGUGCAAACAGUUUCUUUGGCUUCCUCAUGUAUGCCUCUUCCGGUAGUCCAGGAUUACUUAAAUAAAGAAGAUUAUCAGAUCUCCUUUCUUUA